AUGCAAGUUUUUACUAAAAAUGUUUUUCGGAGAUUUGCAUUCACUCCAUUUUUCUCUUUCUCAUCCAAGAGAGAUUUGUAUGGUAAUACUGUAAUCUAAGCAAUUAGAAUUAUUGGGAGUACCUAAGAAUGCCUCAUAGAAUGAUAUCAAAAAAGCCUAUUAUGGAUUAGCCAAGAAAUAUCAUCCAGAUGCAAAUCCAUCCAAGGAUGCCAAAGAGAAGUUUGCUGAAAUCAAUAAGUAACGAUUAUUUCUACAAAUCUAGUGCAUAUGAAACACUAUCAGAUGAAAAUAAAAGAAGAGUCUAUGACCAAGUGGGAAUGACUGGAGAUGAACAGGAUUAGGCUGGAGCAUAAGAUCCUUUUGCUGCAUAUAGUAGUUUCUUUAGAUAAGGAGCAAGAGGAGGUCGAGGACAAGAAUACGAAUUUGAUGAAUCCAUAUUUGGUGAUUUCGCAUCCUUUUUUAAUAUGGGAGGAGAAGCUGAAAGAACUAUUAAAGGAGCUGAUAUUCAUGUCCAAAUGGAAAUCUCUUUUAUGGAUAGUGUUCAAGGCUCACAAUAGACAAUUUAAUUUGAGAAAGUAGGAACAUGCACUACAUGUAAUGGUACGAAAUGUAAACCUGGAACUGCCCCAGGAAGAUGUACUAAUUGUGGAGGAAAGGGAUCUAUCAAUUAUAGACAAGGAGCUAUGACCAUAUAAAUGGCAUGCACUAAAUGCAGAGGAACAGGAAUCUCCAUCAAAAAUCCAUGUAUUCAUUGCAUUUCAUUCAUUUAGGCACUACAUGUAGAGGCAUGGGCAUAUAGAAACAACCAACAAAUGAAACUAUCAACAUACCAAAAGGAAUAGCAGAUGGUUAAAACUUGAGAAUUACAGGUAAAGGAAACGUUGGGGAAAAUGGAGGAAAAUCAGGAGAUCUUAUUGUUAAAAUUCAAGUCAAACCUGAUCCUUAUUUUAAAAGAGAUGGAUAUGAUUUAAUUACCAAUGCUUAUAUUUCUGUUGCUUAAGCAGUUUUAGGUGAUACAAUUAAAAUUAAAACUUUGAAUGGUGAUAAAUAAGUAUCAGUCAAGCCUGGAUGUCAAGAUGGAGAAAAAAUGAGAUUGAAUGGCUUAGUAUUAUAUAUUAAAACUAUUAUAGGGAAUUAACAAAUUGGCACCAAAUUAAAAUUAAAAAGGCGAUUAAGUUAUCAAUUUCAAAAUACAAAUACCCACCAAAUUAAAUGAGAAAUAAAAAGAGAUAUUCCAAGAAUUAGCCAAAGUAUCUAUUCUUAUUAAUAUAAAUUAGUUGGAGAAAACAGAAUCUUAAAAUUAAGAAGGGAUAUUUGAUUAAGUAAAGAAUGCCUUCCAUAAGUGA